CUGUCGGUAGUUCAGUGAUCGAGUUAACAUGGCGUUCACGGCUCCGUGCUGCUUUGAAGGAAAAGUUGGUGUUGGAGUAUCAAAUCGACCUCGAACAUCUGGAGGGAUUCAUCUUCGUGUGACUGGGGUGCACCUACAAACAUUGCCCCGCGAACAUACACUUUGUGGAUACCACUCAGCAAACACCACAGGCCAUCUACCCUAUGAAGAUACCUUCUGGGAGACAGCAGGUUUUCUGAAAGACCCUCUGGCACUUGAUGAUGAGAAGAUAUCUGAAAAGCUGCAUGAGAAGUGGCAUAUGAAACCACUAAAAAUAUAUCCGGUGGUGCGGACUCCACGAUGGACAGAUUUGGAUGAUAGACAAGUUGAAGUUUUGGAAGGAACAAGACUUCCUGAUCCAACACUUGAAGCUAUGAUUCUCAAAGAGAAAAUGCUGAAAAGAAACAGAGAAAAAGAUAUGGAGGGUCUUUUGACUCAUCAUUGCUUUCGCCCACCUUGCCUUUGUGGUGUUAGGAGCCGAGACAUAGUUGUACCACCACGAGCAAUUGUUAACGGUACACAAGUGGAUUCAAACAUUGUGGUAUCAAAAGAAACCAGACAGCAGAAAGUGACUUCUGAAAAGCAACGAAGCAGCAGUCAGCAACCAACACAAAAGCACAGCCUGCAUGUUUCAACUUGUGUGAAAAGAGAAUCAAUGAAUGCAGGUGUUAUAACAAAAUCAACAAGACACUUAAAGAGUGGCAGACUCAUGGACUGUGAGAUAACCCAACAGGCACUCUGUGCAGGCUUUGAGCUGUUUGACUUCAAUGGAGAUGGUUUCAUCUCCAGAACUGAUUUUCUUCGAGUACUACAUGAAUUUGGAUUCACCAUUACCAUUGAUGAAUUAGACAACCUUCUGUCAAGAAAUGGUCAAGCAGAUCAAGUGAAAUACAAGGAGUUCUUGUCAAGGUGUUACACUGAUAUCAAAGCUGUCAACCUUGCUGGAUAUACUGAACCUAGACAGUCUGUUUCCUGGAUACCACAGCCACAAGUAAAUACUAACUUCACUCCACUUAUUGACCAACAUGUGCAAGAUGUGAAGCCCAAUAAGGAUCCAAAGCUGAAAUCAGGAUCACCACGAAUUCUACCUGAGAUUGAAGCCAUUCUGUGUAAUGUCCUCAAGAAAAGAAGCAGCACAUUUAAUCAGCAUUUCAAGAAUAUGACGUGGCAAAAAUAUGGACGAAUAGACAAACUUCAGUUUGGAAGGGUAUUAACAUUGUGUAGCGUGUUUCUUUUAGAGUGUGAACUUGACCAUCUGUGGAUAUCUCUACCUACUGAUGUGCAGAAUAUGCUCUCAUACAGUGAGCUUUUGGAUCACUUCCUUAUCAGCCUAACAUCACCUAAAGGAGUUUCUGAAGAGGAUUCUCAUUUACAUGGAAUUGUCAUGGCAGCAAAGAAAAGCUAUAGCCGAGUGAAUGCAACAGUGAAGAACACAAAGGGUCGUUUCAUAGGUCUAUCAGACCAGAGCAGAAUCUGUAAUUCAAAAGAUAAAGCAGUUUCAUGCAUUAGGAUGCACUCUCUGUGUGGAAAAGUCAAAGGGCAGGUACAGAGUCAGCGUGACUAUCUGAUGACCUAUUUUCAAACUCGAGAUCGAAAGGGACUAUCACAUAUUUCCAGGACAGAGAUGAAGAUGCUCAUGGACAGGCUGUACUUCAACUUAACAGCCCAAGAAAAGGAAGAACUUUGUCAGAUGUUUGACUUUCACAACAGAGGAAGAUUUCAUUAUGUGCCAUUUAUGGAGAGUAUGGAUGCAGUGACAGAAUCACAAGGCACAUCAACAGCUGGCUUUCCAUAAGAAGAUGAAGUUUAGAAAAUACUCCUGUACUGCAGCAGGGGAGAUGGACUCUCAUCAAGCUGAAUGAUUACAAGAUUAACCCUUUGUACUUAGUUCAAAAACAUGUUAUUCAAGACAAAUAUGUCCAUAUGUAUUAGAAUAGACUUGUACAGUUUUUAUGUGUAUAUAUACUGAACCGCAAAAGAAACGCGAGUACUGUGUGACUGUGAAAUGUGGUAUAUUCACAAAACGACAGAGAGGUCAAUUAUGAUAAGUCUGAGACAGUUCAUGUUUUGCAUGCACAUUGACCACAGUCCAUGGAACGUUCUUGCAAGUUCUUGCUUUGAGCCGAUCACACACAUGGAAAUGGUGGUGUAGGAAAUGUCAGUACCUCGUAUGCCCUCCCUGGGUGUUCAACACAGCCAUACACCUACGGUACAUGGAGUGUAGCAGGCAGUUCACGAAGGCCAUAGGCACCUGUGCCCACACCCUGACGAAAGCUGCCUCCAGAUCAGCACGAGUUCUUGGUGUUGGUACCACCUGGUUCAGCCAUCUCUGUAUUUCAUCCCACAGGUGCUCGAUCGGGUUUAAAUCCGGGCUCAUAGCCGGCCAUGGCAUGGUUUGGAUGUUGUGCUGGUGCAGGAAGUUCCUGGUGAGCCUGGCCGUGUGGGGACGCGCUUUUUCCUGCUGGAACACAUGGUUCUGGUGACGUGCGAAGUAGGGAACGAUGUAAGGUCUCAGGAUCUGGUCAAUGUAGCGUUGCGCUGUGAUGCCAUUCCCCCUGCCAGCGCCAAUAUUGUGAAACACAUGAGGGCCAAUUCUCUGGUUCAGGCCUAUAGCACCCCAAACAAUGGUGCUCUGACCACCCCACGGGUCUCUUUCCACGACACAGUGGUCCCUAUAGCGUUUACCCCUCCUUCACCACACCCUCACACCCAUCAGACGUGGAUCCACAAUACCGGCUCUCGUCAGAGAAGACAAUUGUCCUCCAUUGUUGAUGCUGCCAAUGUCAGUGUUGUGUAGCCCAUUGCAGCCGUGCCUGGCGGUGGCGGGCGGUGAGGAUGGGCACUCGAGCGGGCCCGACGGCAAUACAGGUUGUUGGUAGUCAGCCGACGUUGUACCGUAUCGUCACUGAUCGGUCGCCCUCUAGUGCCAAUGGAGUUUCGAGCUGUCACACUGGCUGGUCUGAAGCGAUCCCGUUGGUGUUGGCGGUGGAUGAACCGAUCCUGCCUGGGCGUGGUCACUCGGGGGCGUCCACGUCGGGGGCGGUCUGCAGUACUGUUUGUGAUGUUGUAGCGCUGCUGCAGACGGUGGAUGGUGCUGAAGUGAACAUUGAAAGUGUUGGCCACAACCUGGGACCGUUGUCCAGCUUGUAAUCGACCGAUCGCUUGUUCUCUCUGUUGUGUGGAUAAUCGAGGCUUCAAAAUUACGAGUGCCAGAAAGGCAGUUCAAGUUGAUUUUUAUACCCAUAGCCUCCAUGAGUUACACGUGCAUGUUGGUGUCCACGGCAAAGCAUGGUAACUGUCACCCACGACCUUGGACAAGGCUGCGUUGUGGCGACUAAUUUCAGGCCUCGUUGUACCGUUUGAUGGAAUGUUUGUCUCACAAACACAUCAGGAUGUCGAAGAAUAUUCACACCUACAGUCUUGACAUAUAUUUUCUGCAUUUUACCAUAUAAAAUUUAUAUUUUACAAUCUCGCGUUUCUUUUGCGGUUCAGUAUAUAUGAUAUAAAUCUUUUCAUAGUUGACAUGUAUCUCUGAAACUGCAAGGCAAGGUAUAUUAAGGUUUAAGAUUUGCAUGGAUCAUCCAUGUAAUGGUGCCACUUACAUGUGAUUUCAAAAUUAAUGAUUUUAACUAGUGCUGCCAUGACAGCAAUUAAGUCAAUGAGUGUGUAUGUCAAUGUACAGUUAGUAUGUCUUUGACUUCGCCUAAACCUAGUAUAUAUAAUUAUAUGUUUGCCAUUUUUCAACUCAAAUUAAGUUUAAUGUGCAUUCAUGUAUUUACAUGAAUUGAAUAAUUAUGUGUGAUAAUUGCUGAUAAUCUUGUGAUAAUAGUAGUAGGUGAUGGUGACCUAUUUAUAAUAAGUAUCAUAUGCUGUAUUUUUGUUGUUACUUUGAAUUCGACCAAGGGCUGUCAUAUUUGGUUUAUUUACGACAUAUGUCCCUUCAAAUAAUUGCCUCUAAUAUUCAAGGUCAGAUGUACUCUCAAGGUCAUACACUCAAAAGUAACAUUCAUGAUAAUUCAAGGAGCCUUCCCGGUAGUCUUUUUUUUUUGUAGACUUGGGCACUGAAGUGGCAAUUUAAGGUUCUGGAUGAUCUUCAAUGAGCUGGCACCCAUGUUUCCAAUUAGGAAACAAUACAAAAAGUGAGUAGGGCUCACUCAUACCCCCGACUUCAACAUGUUUCUGAGUUCAAAACAUGAAAAAAGUAAUAUUUACUCAGAAAAUCCACUUAUUGAAACCAAACUUUGCACUGCACCUCUCCUAUUGUGGAAUAGAAACUGUACCCCCAAUUGAAGACGAAUCCAUGAAGCAUGUUUUAAGUUUUAGAUUGCACAAAUCUGAGGUAACAAAAAAAUCAAAAUAAUUGAGUUCAAAACAGGUAGAACAGAAAUUAUACGUAUCAAAAUGAAACUUGUCACUGCACCUCUUCUAUUAGUAGGGAAACUGUUCCAUAAAUUUAAAAAUAAUCCACAAAGUAGUUUCCUAGUGAUAGAUUGCACAAAUGUUUAAGUACUUUGCACUGCACCUCUCUUACAUGUAUAAGAAGUGUUCACCAAGUUUGAAAAGAAUCUAUGUGCUAGUUUUCAAGUUAAAGGUCACACAAAAAAUGUCCUUGGAAGGAAUGGCAGAAGAACAAACGGAUAGAAUUCCUUGGAAUAUGUAUACCCCCACCCUUUUUAGUGGCCCAUUCUGGAUCAAAAUCAAGUCAUUGUACUUUACUAAGAGACUUGAGUCAAACUAAGACAUUGUCUGAUUGUAAUUAGGUUUUAAGACUACUACCUUUGACAUAACAAAUGUUGUAUUUGGGAUAAAACUUUCUUAGUAAAGUACAGAUGUUCGUACUGUUUGGGUUGAGUGCCAUCUGGGAUUCGAACCCACACUGCCAGAGUGAGGCACCUAAUCACCAGCACACAAAGUCAGCGAUCGAACGCACUCAGGCACUGUAGCUUCCAGAAAUAUGAAAGUCUGACGACCAGUAGUCCAGACGGCAUACUAAGUGUACCCCUCUGACAAGUGUAAAUUGGCAUGGCUCCCAUGGCCUAAAGCCCUGAACACACUAUGCCAUUUAGAAAGUGGUAAAAUGUAACAAAUGUUAUAUUUGUGAUAACACUUUCUUACUAAAGUACAGAUUCUCAUACUUUUUGGGUUGGGUCGCAGCCGGGAAUCGAACCAAAACUGCUAGCGCUAGGCAACCUAAUCGCCACCACACAAAGUUUAGAAGUACAUGAAUCCAAGCCAAAGAGGUGUUCCAAAAUAGGUGACGUCACUCAAGUGCAGCAGAAGGUUACUGAUGAGGUAAUGGAGGUUCCACUUUUAUUGAGGAUAUUUAAUCUUUCGAAAUGUAGCUGAAUUCUAUUGUUGAAGACAUUACCUCCUGGUAUGAAGCAGAAUUUGAGGUUUUGAUUCAUUCAUCCCACAAGAAAUCAGCACCGUAUUCUCAACUGUUUGAAAAUAGUGUACGCAAGGAUAGAUGACAUAUUUUUUUAAUACAUCAUUUUGUGAUGAAUAUCUUAUCAAGUUUGAAAACAGCUAUCAAUAAUUAACAUUUUACAAAGUUAUGGCCCUGGUUUAGUUGUGCUUUUGUGUUUGCUCAAAUGAGGAUAUUGUUUAUUUCAAGAGGAUAACUUAUGAACUGUUUGAUAUAUAUUUGUGAAACUUUGUAUACACAUCAGGUGUUGUACUGGACCUUUAGAUGCUGAUUGUAAUGUAGUUCUUGCUACUGCAUGAUGGACCUGCUCCUUUCUCUCUCCAAGUGACCCGUUGCACUGUCCAUUGAGAAAUAAAUCUCUUUUAAAGAAAAA